AUGGCUUCAAUUGAUAAGCUGUUUGGCACAGCGAGUGGCCAAAAAUUGGCAAAUGGAUUGAGUAAGCUUUUCGGGGGCUCUUCGGGACCUUUGGAUGCUACGAAAGUGAAGCAAAAGGCUAGGACUGUAUUGCCCGACAUCAAGCGUCCGGAAGCAGAAGCGCCAAAGCAAGACGCAUCAGGAAGUGUUAGCCGUUAUGAUGGAAGUAAAACUGGCGAAAAAAGAUCGUUGGAUGCCGAACCGGAGGCUGUUCAGGAAACCAAAAAAAUAUCCAAAAGACAGAAGCGCAAACUGGAGGAUACCUCUGAGAAUGCAAACUUAGAGUCUGAAUACUACUCCAAGCUUCUUGAGAAAGAGGAAACUAGUGAUCAGGAGACCGCAAAAGAUCAAAAGGAUGCCGAUCUCGCCGAAGAUUCAGAGCAAAAGCCAACCGCCGCCAAGGCAGCCUCUAGAAGCGAUAUGAAAGAAGCUGAACUAGCAAAGGCAGAAAGAACUGUAUUUGUUGGAAAUGUUCCUAAGGAUGUUGUUACCUCUAAGGCGUUGACCAAGAAAUUUAAAAAGCUCUUUGCCAUCGCCAAAAAUGCUAGUAAGCCUGAAGUCGAGAGAGACAACGAAGAUAACAGCAAGGACAAGGAAGAGGAAUCUGACAAGGACGCUUUUUUCGCCGUUGAGAGCGUCAGGUUUAGGUCUAUUUCUUUCGAAGAGGCCCUUCCCCGUAAAGUGGCAUUUGUGCAACAAAAACUGCACAAAUCUAGAGACUCAGUCAACGCCUACGUCGUUUACGCCGACAAGAAUGCGGUAAAGAUCGCGUGUCAAAAGCUCAACGGCUGUGUUUUCGAGGAUCACCAUCUCAGAGUUGAUUCCGUGGCUCAUCCAACACAGCACGACAACAAGAGGUCUGUGUUUGUGGGGAACCUGGACUUCGAGGAGACCGAGGAAAGCCUGUGGAAGCACUUUGGUAAAACCGGCGAUAUCGAAUAUGUGAGGGUAGUGAGAGAUUCUAAGACCAACGUUGGCAAAGGCUUCGCAUACGUGCAAUUUUCGGACUUUCAAGCUGUGAAUAAAGCCCUUUUAUUAGAUGGUCAGAAGCUCAAUGGCUCUGGACGGAAGCUACGUGUCACCAGAUGCAAAACCAUGAGGAAAGCGCAGGCUCCAACUCAAUCUAAUGGCAAACCGCUAACUGACCGCCAGAAGACCAACCUUGGAAGAGCUAAGAAAAUCUUGGGUAAAGCUGACAGAUCCACAGCAGGCAAGGAAAUUACCGUUGAAGGUCUCAGAGCUACGAAAGGUGCAUCUGCUCCUAUACUGAAGAAGAAGAAGCAGAGAACAAAGGGUGGGAGAGUCACCAAACGUUCUACAGCAUUCAAGAAGGCCAAUAAUACUAACCAGUAG